UUGGCAUUGUUUGGAAGCGCGACGACGUUCAGGAAUCGAAAACAUCAAGAAGGAAGCUUUCUGGUUUUGCUCAUCCCACUUUUGUUCAGCGAUCAAUGGAGUUUCAGUCUCCUCUUAAGCUCUACCUGCUUCUGUGCUUAUCAAUCCUCUUGCUUUCAUCUUCUCAGGCUCAAGCUCGUAGGGUCAAAUACUGCGAUAGGAAGCAAAACUAUGCUGUGAAGGUGUCUGGAGUCGAUAUAUUGCCUGAUCCUGUGGUGAGAGGGAAGCCAGCUACCUUUAAGAUAUCAGCUUCUACUGGUGAAGCUAUUUCUGGUGGGAAGCUAAUAAUUGAAGUUUCAUACUUUGGGGUGCAUGUCCAUACUGAAACUCGUGAUCUCUGUGAAGAAGUGUCCUGCCCUGUUGCAGCAGGCAACUUUGAGAUUGCUCACACCCAAACACUGCCUUCAUUUACCCCACCGGGUUCCUAUACUUUGAAGAUGACCAUGGAGGAUGUGAACGACGAGCAGUUAUCUUGCAUUAGCUUCAACUUUAAAAUUGGUUUUGGGUCUUCAUUGUCCGAUGAUUGAAUGUCCUUUGCACCACUGAUGUCCCAUGUUCCUUUAGCUUUCGAUUUGUUGUUGCUGAGUGUUUUGUGAUGUUGUGUUAUAUGUAUGCCAGCUGUCACAACGCAUGAACCAGUAUAAAUCAUUGUGGGAACGAAUAAUUUGAUUGUGUCAGUACAUCUGCGUUGCAAACUAUGAGGUAGUGUAUGCAUAGCAUAGCUUAGUUUGGCGUUAACUUGAUGUUCCUCCAUGAGACCAUGAGCAUAGUUUUCUCAAGCCAGAACGUCUGAUGUGGCGCAAUGUCACCCUUGGGAAUUCAGAAACCAGGUAAAAGUACUAAAGGUUCGAUGCUAUUAUUAAAGAUUAGAGCUGUGGGAUGUCGGAAUGAGAUGAAGUUUGGAACUCUUCAGAGCAUGUGAUCUUAAAGAAUAGGAAUCUCUCAUUUCAAAUUCAA